AUGACUUCUGCUGGUUAUGGAGACCUUCAUCCUAACGAAGGCCCUUUUGCGUUAACACUUGCUUCGCUCUUCAGGCUCUUGGGUAUGUUCCUUUUCGGGCUACUGCUAAGUAUGGGUUCGACAUUUUUAGCCAACCAACAGGAACUUAGACGGCGUGAUAUUAAGUCAGGUGACGAUCGAAAUACUGAUACUGCCAAGGAAUUGAAACGGAAAUUGAUCAAAAGAAAAGGCAAAAGCGUAGCGGUCUACUUUGUGGUCGUGAUGGUUGCUGGGACGGUUAUCGUGAUUCUGACCGAGGAUUUGCACUUUGUUCGUGCCGUGUAUUGUAUCAGUAUAACGAUCACGAGCGCAGGUACGGAAAAAUGUUUCUCAACAAAAUUGGGACGGAGCUUCGCAAUAGUGUUGCUCUUAGUUGGUGCUAUUUAUAAAAAUUACGUGCUUUUUACUAUGAUGGAUGUAUACAUUGAAAUAAGACAACGGUUAAGCAUUCAAAAAGAGCUGCCAGAUGAAAAAUCGAAGCCAGCAGAGCCAGAAGCACCGAAGCCAAAAGCACCGAAGCCAAAAGCACCAAGGCCAGCAGAACCGAAGCCAGAAGCACCAAAGCCAAUAGCAGAACCGAAGCCAGUAGAGCCAAAAGCACCAAAGCCAGUAGCAGAACCGAAGGCAGAAAUGUCGAAGCCAGCAGCACCUACGUAA